UUAUUACCAACAGUGCUUGGUUAUUGCCAACAAUCCUUGUCUGUUAUUACCAACAAUCCUUGGUUGGCUUCAGAGCCACACACACAUCAGCCCCUUAUGCCCCCCUGGGCACCAGGACCCUGCACCACUCCCUCCCUCCUUCCCAGCAGGGUCCUGCCAGCCCAUUCCCAGCCCCUCUGGGCAUCAGGACUGUUCAGAUCCCACCCUGAACUCCAGCCUGGUGGGACACAUCCCAUCUGUCAUGGGGGGAUCCAGCACCAGGUUGUGCAGCAGGUCCGACCUCCUGCCCUGCUGGUGCCCUUGCACUGUUCCUACUGUUGCCUGGUUUGUGCCACCUUCCCAAACUGAGCCAGUUCCCAGUGUUUUCUCAGCGUUUCUCCUACUCACAACCUGCUGUGCUUCCUCUUUCCUUUUGAGGCCAAGCCAGAGACAGGCUCUCCUGCCACAGAGAGGGCGGCGGGUGGGCUUUGCCUCGUGCAAAUCCUCUUCCCCAAACCACAGCCUGGGUCCCCUCAAAGCAGAGAGGGGGACAGAAGGAGGGGGCUGCAGCCAUCAGUUCCCACUCCUGCAGCUCCUGCACACCCAGGACCCGCUCCCAGGAGGUGCCAUGGAGGGAGAGGUGGAUAAUCAGCAGAAUGUGGUGAAGCUGGUGGCUGUGUUUGAAGAGCACUGCAGGGACAGCAAAUUUGCCUGGAGGGAUAACCAGGCUCCUCACAGCCAGACCACUGCUGCAGCCAGCCAGCCCCAGCAGCUUCCAGCAUCCCCUGCCCGCCGGAGCCUCUCCCCAAGGGCUGCCAGGCUCCAAGGGGAGCAAGAGCAGGAGGAGGAGCAGCAAGGUCAGCAUGGACUCAGCUUCAAAUGCCUCCGUUCUUUGAGACACAAAAUCCGUGAGGACAACUGGAGGAGGCCCCAGGGCCCAGGGCUGGAGCCUGGCAAGGAGGAACCAGAGGAAAAGAAAAUCGCUCUGGAGCUGCUGGAGACAGAGCAGGCUUAUGUCAACCGCCUCCACCUCCUCGACCAGGUGUUCUACACAGAGCUGAUGAAAGAAGCCAAAACUGGAAAGACGGUCCCAGAGGAGGUGGUGAAAAUGAUCUUCUCCAACAUCUCCUCCAUCCACCAGUUUCACUCCGAGUUCUUCCUGCCAGAGCUGCUGAAGCGCAUGGAGGAUUGGAACUGCAACCCCCGGAUUGGGGAUGUGAUCCAGAAACUUGCACCAUUCCUCAAGAUGUAUGGGGAAUACGUGAAGAACUUCGACAAGGCCGUGGAGCUCAUCACUGCCUGGUCAGAGAAAUCCCCGCCCUUCCAGGAGCUCAUUGCUGACAUCCAGAAGAGGAAGGUCUGUGCUAAUCUAACGCUGCAGCACCACAUGCUGGAGCCUGUGCAGAGGAUCCCACGCUACGAACUCCUCCUGAAAGAUUAUGUCCGGAAACUGCCGCCUGAGUCCCCCGACCGGGGCGAUGCCGAGAAGGCCCUGGAGAUGAUCUUUAUGGUGGCCAAGCACUCCAACGCAGCUAUCGCCGAGAUGGAACGGCUGCAGAACCUCUGGGUGGUCUAUCAGCGGCUGGGCCUCGAGGAUGACAUUGUGGAUCCCUCCAACCAGCUGAUCAAGGAGGGACCCAUCCAAAAAGUCUCCACCCGCAACAACAGCACGUCGGAGAAAUCCCAGGGAAGCCCUCAGCUGGGAGCAGGCAGGUGCUCAGCUCCAGCCCAUCCCUCUCCCUGCUCCCAGUUCAACAACAUGCUGCUGUACUGCGUGCCCAAGGUCAUCCAGGUGGGCGCUGAGUUCCAGGUCCGCCUCCGCAUGGACGUGGAUGGCAUGAAGGUGUGGGAGCUGAAGGACGCAGAGUUCCCUCACACCUUCCUGGUGUCGGGAAAGCAGCGGACGCUGCAGCUGCAGGCCAGGUCUGGGGAGGAGAUGGACGCCUGGAUCAAGGCCUUCCAAGAUGCCAUUGACAGGAAGGAGAAGAGAAGUGAGACCUUUAAGACAGCAGUACCUGGACUGGAGACAGACACCCCUGCACUGAAGACAGAGGAGCUGGGCCGCCGAGCUCCGCAGUGGGUGCGGGACAACCUGGUGACGAUGUGCAUGCGCUGCAGGGAGCCCUUCAACGCCAUCACCCGCCGGAGACACCACUGCCGAGCCUGUGGAUACGUGGUGUGUGCUCGCUGCUCUGACUACAAGGCUGAGCUGCAGUACGAUGGGAACCGCCUGAACCGCGUCUGCCAGGAGUGUUACAUCUUCCUAACGGGCCACGCGGUGCUUGAGGACCGGGAGGGGAAGCACAAAGGCAUCCUGGAGAAAGGAGCUGCAGAGGUAUCAAGCAGGAGUUUGCUCUGCAGUUCCCUGCAGCUGCUGGACAAGAACGGCAAGGGGGGGACGCGGGGCUGGUUUGUGAUCCCGCAGGACGAUCCCCUCGUGUUGUACGUCUACGCAGCCCCCCAGGACGUGCGAGCCCACACCUCCAUCCCCCUCCUGGGCUACCAGGUGAAGGACCUGCCCCAGAGCGACUCCCGCCACCUCUUCCAGCUGGCGCAGUCACGGCAGGUCCACACCUUCCUGGCCGACACUGAGGAGCUGAAGCGGCGCUGGAUGAGGGCCAUGGCACGCUCUGCCGCAGGGAUCACACACCCAGAGGAUGAUGAGGAGGAUGCAGACCCCUGUGACAAAGCAGAAUGAGGCCAUUCCCACCCCUGGGCCGCCUGGGGAGUCGCCUCCCCAGCCUGUCCUCGCCGCUGGCUUCAUGCAGACCCCCGACAUCUCCGCGUUUGGGUUUUCAUCAUGACAAGGACAAGCCGGGGGCACAUUUGCCGCCACACGGACAAGCCGGAUUCCCCUUGCCCUCCCUCCUUGCUCUCCGCACUGGACGGAAUGAGGUGGAGGGAUGGGGGGGUUUGGGGAGGCCUCGCCCCUGCAGCCCCUGUGCAGUACCGCCGGUGGCCACGCGAGGGCAGCCCCGCCCCGUCCUUGCUCCAUCCCGGCGCGGGGGAUGCCCGGAGUGGUGGAAUGUGUGGAAUUGGGAUUGCUGGGAUAAAUCCCGCCUGCGACCCGUCUCUGCGGUCCCUGCAGCCUUCUUUGGGGGUGUAUUUUCCAUGGGAUUGUCCCCAUGCCUCCACAUCGCCGUAUCUGUCACCAGCCCUGGUCUGAUGCCCUGCAGGGACCCAGCUUGUGGCUCACCCACACAGCUCAGGGACCCCAGUGCUGGGUUCAGGAUGUCCCCUCCCAGCUUGUCACCACUCCUGGGCUCACACUGCUGCAGUCCCAUGGUGUGGGUGUUCCUCUUUACCACAGACACCCCUCACCUGCAUCACCAAGCCAUUCCACACUCCUGCCCAUACCAGACUUUCCCUUCACCCCCUCCUGUCCACAAGCACUUUCCACCCUUGUACCUCCCUCAGUUACUUGUUUCCUGAAGCAAAACACUCUGGGACAAGGUUGUGUCCACACAGGUGCUGCUGUGAUGCUGAGGAGACACGGGGGAUCCCCUUCUCCAUUGUCAUCAUAACGAGCACCCCUAGUUGUUUCACACAGCACUUUAGGCUGCAGCCCCACAUUUUUCUCUCUGCAUCAUCUUUAGCUCCCCAAGAAUGUUGCCUGGGCAGAAGUUGCCACUUCUGAGCCUGCCAGGGGCUGAAAUGGGACACAGGAAUCCAUGGAGCUGGAGGAGCCCAUAACUCUGGCAGGGAGGGAGGGCUGUCCUUUGCAGGCAGGGGUUGCUGCCUGAGCCUGGACCACACAGCAGCUCCAGCACAGCAACUUUGGGCAGAGCCCAGGGGUGCCACAGACUGAACAGAUCCAUGGAGACAGGGAAGGGAAGGGAGCUGGAGCAGGAUACUGCAAAUGGGGACAUCUCUUGGGGAAAGCAUGUGGAAUAAAGGUGGAUGGGGGGCCUCAGAGAGACAGGAAAAAGCUAUGAGCAUCAUCCUUCCUCCAUCUACCCAGCUCAGCUCAUCCUGGGAAAGGGCAGACCAUGGUGGUUUUAUCUCCUCCAGCUCAAGAGAUCCCAUCAAGGAAGAGGGAGAGGAGCUGGAUGUCAGGGCAAGAGCUCUGCCAAAGCAGUUGCCCCUCAGGGUGCCACCCAGCAUGAGGCUGAGCCCAGAAGAAGCAAACAAUGCAGGGCCUUCCAGGGACACCCCAAAACAGCCCUCGUGGGAAGGGGAAACCCCACCAACACCGGAAAAGCCCUGGAAAAGCUGCUGGGGGGGAAGAGUGAGCAAGGGGAAGCCCACAGGGCUGGCAGGCUCUGCGUGGUGGCCCUUGGUGUGGCGUCACCCCUGUGUC